AUGCCAGAAGAAGUUUCCUCUUCAAAUAUUUGCCUGAAAGUCCCAGCCUGCGACACAGAGACAUUCAAUUGGGGUUAUGAAGAAUGGCCAGCUUUUCGUGAUAUGUUCACAGCGAUCUACAUUAACCAUCCUAAGCUCUCCCAUGCACAAAAGUUGUGCCAUCUCCGAUACAAAACGGAAGGCAAAGCUGGCGCAAUCGUCGAACAACACCCAUUGAGCGAUGAUAAUUUCGAGCUAGCAUGGGAGGCAUUACGGGCAAAAUACGAAAACAAACGUAUUCUAGUGGACAACCAAAUAAAAGCUCUACUCUCGCUACCCAACGUACAAAUCGAAAAUAGCGAGCAAAUACAAAGACAGUAA